AUGGUUCUCAAGUCUACCGUCGCAUUUGUCGCUGUUGUCACUUUGGCGUUCUUCUCCAGUGCCCCUCAGGCCGAGGCUCACUCUUGGGCCGACUGUAUUGAUUGGAAGUUCAAAGACCCCAAGAAGCCCAGCUGGAACGAUGACGGAGGUCGCUGCAUUGGGUAUGCUCGUCGCUACCCUGUUAGCCUUAACAUGCCUUUUGGUACUCAGGAUAAAAUUUAUCGUUACUUCCAGCAAGAUGCCGACCCCAAAGUUGCAAUUCCUUGCUCCAAUCGUGGCGACGGCUAUGGAUCCAACGAGACCCGUGCUAAUCCUGUGAGUGAAGCUUAUGGAGGCAAGUUUGGGAGAAUGACUGUCACCACAGUUGGUGAUACCCUCUGCGUCCGUUGGCCUGCCAAGAACCACGCCAUUCCUCAGUAUUUAAUAGACAGAUAUGUCCAGAUCAACUUGUCUCCUGUCCGUAACGGCAAGGAUAUCACUCAGAUCGAGUUACUCAAGAACACAGUUGCCAAAUUGGACUUCGCGAACUGCAUGCCAGGAGCUGAUAUCGAUCUUAAGGCUUGUGGUGGAUGCUUCAAGGUUCCUCGUCGUACUCCUGGUACCUACCUCUUGCAGUGGCGCUGGAUGUUGAACCAAGGCCAGUGGUACUCCUCUUGCGCCGAUAUCAAGAUUACCAAGUAA